AUGUGGCAAACCGACACUGGGAAGAGAUACAACCUACAAUCAAACAGCAAAUCGAAGGAGUACAUAUGGAUCGCAUCAUAUCAAGGCAUCGACCCCGCGGACGGAAACUCAUUUAGUCUCUGGCUUUUCAAGACCGGCGAUACAGGAGCUCUUUUCUCAAGCCAUACAUUCAACAUCACCGAUCCCUCGUCAGCAACUACUUCAGCGCCAACGGGUACACGAACAAACAAACCGAACCCCAAGACAAAGACUUCCAGCGAAGCAAGUGAAACGACUAGCGAUGGUGCGGCCACUGCUUCGUCGACAAACGAGCCGUCGUCCGGGCUAUCCACGGGAGCAACUGCCGGAGUGGCUGUAGGCGCUGUUGCUGGAGCAUUUCUCAUUGCCGGCGCUGGUUUCAUGCUCUGGAGACGAAGACGGGCAAACAAGGCUGCACCCUCUGCACUUGCGGCAGAAGAUGGGCCGAAAUAUGGAUAUGCACCGGUCGAAGCACCGAACGAUAACGCUGCGAGACAUGGACCAUGGGAAAUGGGAGGGUCGCCUACGCAUUUCACGCAUGAGUUGCCAGCCGAUAACACGGUACAGCAUCGACCAUGA